AUGUCUGGAAUCACGAAAGUUGCGUUGGCAGGAGCUUCUGGCAAUCUUGGUCCAGCAAUCCUUGAUCAGCUUAUUAAGGCUGGCUUUCAAGUCACAGUACUUACUCGACAAUCGAGCACUCACAAAUUUCCAUCACCUGUUACAGUCAAGGAAGUCGACUACGACUCCCUCGAAUCACUCACCAAUGCUCUUACAGGACAAGAUGCUGUUGUAUCCACUCUCGCCUCAGCUAGUUUAGACAAGCAGCUUCUUCUCGUUGAAGCAGCAGCUAAAGCUCAUGUCAAGCGCUUCAUUCCCUCUGAGUUUGGAUCCAAUACACCUAGAGAAAAUACUGGAGCCUUGCCAGUUUUCCAACCUAAAAUUGCUGUCCAAAAUGCUCUCAAGAAGCAGGUUUCUAGCGAAUUUUCAUACACUCUUGUGGUAAAUGGUGCAUUUCUUGAUUGGGGCUUGUCAGUUGGAUUUGUUAUGAGCGCAAAGGGAAAAAGCAUCACACUUUAUGAUGGGGGUAAUCGAACUUUCAGUACCACUACUCUUCCAGACAUCGGACGAGCUGUAGUUGGUAUACUCAAGCACCCAGAGGAGACAAAGAAUCGCGCGGUCUAUAUUCAAAGUUACGCAACUACUCUCAAGAAUCUCGCGGAUAUUGGAAAGAAGGUUUUAGGAUCAGAAGGUUGGACUGAGAAUAUUGCGUCGGUUGAUGACAUCGUAGCGGGCGCAUGGGAAGAAUUGAAGAAACCACAGCCGGACCCACAUAAAUUCGCCAUGCCAUUCAUUAUUGCUUCAAUCUGGGGCGAGGGAUAUGGAUCGCACUUCGAGGCCUAUCACAAAUUGGACAAUGAUCUCUUGGGAAUCAAACAAUUGAGCGAGCAUGAAUUGGAAGAAUUGAUUAAGAGUUUGGCAUAG